UCCAUGCCACAUAGCUCCAGCUCAGCUAGCCAGCCGACCGUAGUGAGCGAACGAAAUCCAGUUUUGUUUAAAAAUAAACAAAGCGCAACAACAGCGCACGCUACAAUCCUCAGCGUGCAGCAUAUUUGUGUAUAGUUGAGAGAGUGCUAAAGACUUUAGCUAGGAUAUGAUUGAAGAUUCUAGCUAUAACAAGCUAAAAAUAUGACGGCGAAUACGCUGAAGACUAUCAGCUGAUUGCGUGUGUAUGUUUGUAGCUGGCUGGCUUUGUCAACAGCAACAGGGCAUUUUCAAUUCGAUACGGCCGAAACAAAGUUAACAACCGUAAAGCGUAAAGAGGAGACAGCAAACACACAGCCGUCAAGCGGGCAGCGGAAGCUUUACAUCCGGAUAGUAGACGUCGUCGUCGUCGCAACAGCGCGUCGGCCGUCUUGGUGUAGCGCUUGAGCCGCGCGAAUCGGACCUUCACACGGAUCAAGCAACCGACGGCCAUGGAGCUGGGUUACAGCAAUGCGUCAUCGGCUUCCACUUCGCCGCCCUCCGUCGGCGCCUUCGGCUUUACCAACACCGCCAAGCUGCCCAUCGAAACGGUGAAGCGCCUUAUUGCCGCAGUCUCUCGCCGUCCCAUCCUCUGGCUGCGCACCAAUGCGAAUGGUCAAAAGCGCAGCGAUAUUACGCCCAUUUGGUUUGAUGUCGGAAAGGAUGUAAAUUUGCCAGCUGAUGUAUGCCGUGUGAAGUGGGGACACCUGCGUGAUAAUUUCCGUAAGGUGUACAUACGUAACAAUCUAUCGAAUGAAUCGCCGUCCUCGUGGCGCUUCUACAACGAUAUGCGCUUCAUGGAGCAUGCGGUGCAUGAGAACAUAAUGAGACAGGCGCGGACGAGAGGAUCCGGCUCCAGUUCCAGUUCCAAGAAGCAUCCGCCCAUACACUGGACCGAGAACAAUAAUCACAUCAUGGACGAAAGUAGCAGCAAUAAAUAUGAUGAGCCAAUUGUAGCUACCGAACCGAUCUGUGAGCUUAGCGACAGCUACGAUUCGGAGUUGCAUCAGCCAAGUUUUUCGGACAUCAGUUCCUUCUUUGAGGAGGAACAGCGGGAUUGCAAGCGUGUUAAACUGGAAGAUGUGCAGAGUAGCAAGGGUGAGGAGCUCAAUGAUGAUGAUUUCGAUGAGGAUGCUGCUUCGGAGAAUGAGGAGGAACAGCGACCCGAUCCAAGUGUCUUUACCAUCGAAGUGCUCGAUGAUGAAGAUGAGGAAAUGCAUCAAUCUAAGGAGAAGUCGACCACCAUCAAGAGCGAGGAGGAACAAAUGAAGCCAACUGCUCUACAGGAUUUGCCCUUCAAGUACAUCAGCAUGGAUGCGGCGACCAAUACAGAGCCCAAUGGACAGGAUCUCCAGGACGAUGCGGAUCGCAUGUUUCUGCUUAGCCUGAUGCCCUUCCUGCAGCGAUUGGAUGAGCGACGGAAGCUGCGGGUGCGACAGAAGCUGCAAAACGUUUUAAUUGAAGAACUUGAAUUUGGCUAAUUACGCUACAUUGACAAUAAACGAGGGUAGUUCGAAAAGGAGAAUAGUAUUAAAAAUUAGGUUAUUUAAAUUAUAACAGACUAAAUAUAUUUAUAUAAAGAUGAUGUUAACUCAGAAACUUUUCAAACAACCCUCGCAGUUAAAUACAGUAUAUAUAAAUUUUAAGCUUAGCUUACAGUAUUAACAUAUGCGACUGAAACACCCAUUACAUAGAAUGUAAAAAGGAAGACGAAUCGAAUAAAUAGCUACAUUUUAA